AUGGCAACACCGCCCAAGAAGGCCCACUUAGGCCCUGAUAGGGCCGAGGGUAAGAAUGAAGCCGAAGGAAUCCGCAAGGUGCAACUUGGUAAGAGCAACGCCACCAGUAACGAAUCCAAAGUCCCGGUGUUUUCGAGGUCAAAAAGGUUGCGCAAUUCGCACACAGCAGCUAUAAACGCGGCUAGCAGGGAUACGGAAUGGAGAUUCAAUCUGGAAGAUAUAUCGCACGAACUUCCCAGGGGCCAGAUCACCAAGGCGUUGUUCGAAUUGGAGCAGUACAUUCGAGAUGCGUUGGUCGAGCACAAAUCAGCCGGAACCUACGAACACAUUACAGAAAUUCUGACCUUUAUAGGUUCGUAUGUCUUGGACCUUUUCCUCGAGGCAGAGUGGCUGUGUCUGUCAAGAGGACUGUCCAGCGCCUGCAUCUCGGUUAUGCGCACGGUCGAUGCCGCAACGCUGUCUACCCUUAUACACCAUUCGUUAAUGAGCCGGGAUGAACAACAUUCGAAGGAUGAACUGCACCGGAAGGUAUCCGAUUUACAUGCCCUGGCAAGCACCGAAGAGCUGCUCAAACUUAUGGGGGACGACGCAAUAAGGCUAUGCAUCACGUUGGUGUCAGAGGUGGGAUUCGAAACCCACCAAAAUCCCGAGUCAGCGGGGAUCGUGUCGGCCAGCGACGUGGUGAGCUACCACAAAAGCAGGAUAUCAGCACUCAAGGCUCUCAACCUGCUUCUGCUCAACCGUGGAUCGCGACCCCCCUGGAUAUGGAGAGAUGCAACUGAGUUAUAUUCUAUUAGCGAAACCCUGCGAGAAAUAUUGAGAGUGCUGGGAAAUCCGUCAUCGGACAGAGAUGUGCUGUGCCAGUGCGGCGUAUCCGCCAUAGCCCUGGUCCAUGCUGCCUACCAUGCGAACGAACCGAAACGAUCUGAGGAUAUCAUAAAUGGGUUUCUGGGCGCAUACGACAAAAUGGCGAGAAAGUUUCAGGGUGACGAGGGCAAAUGCCUGACGUCUGACGAUGAUGCGCUUAGUGCGUGCGAAUUAGGUGACCCAGAUCAGUUCGUUGGCCUGCUCAUCUCACUACCAAGCUUAGGCUGUCUCUCAGUGGUCCGCGGAAUUUUGACCUUCAUCUACAGCAAUAUGAAUAAAAAUGGAACGCAGAGGGGCAUCCCAGGCAGUACGGAGUUGGCGCAGCAGGCCAAAACUGCUACACCCGACGAAAGCAAUAUUUCUAUCGAUAACGAUGAAUUCAUCGUGGAAUCUCUCUGCCGAUGCCACAAAGUUUUCAAGAUAGCCACGGACACCUGCCUCCGUGUAGACGUCAACUACGCCACCCUGCAAGGUGUACAGCUGAUGAUGUCCUUCAUUACAGGGGAGACAUUUCGUUGCGAUAAACUCUACGCAUGCCUAACUGAACUGCCUGAACUCAUAUUCACGUUCUGGACUCGCAAGGUCAGGAGGGUAUCGAACUUAGCGGUGGCAACCUGGAGCAAGCUCAUGGAGCUCACCUUCGCCCUUCAGAAAACCACAUGUGACCCGAUCAUAACAAAGUACACCCACACCCUGAUCAAGGCGUCAACCGCUUCCUUCGGCAGUAACUUGAAGCUCAGGUACCUGGCACUGCAGAAUCUGCUGAAAUAUGUGGGACCAGAAGAAAUAUUGCGAAUGCAACCAUUCCUCUUCCCUCACCUGUUGUGCUCACUCGGUCUACCGGCAAUCAAGGGAUGUUCGACUGUAUUCCUAACGGAACUACUGACGAAGAUUUACGAGAUGAUACAGACCACCUGCAAGGCACACGGAGUGGCGGCUGCAGAUGAGCGCAAUAUUGCCUUAGUAGCUUUACAGUGCCUAACUUACCCUACUGUAAUAGCGAUGUUACACUCAAGACAACUUGCAAUUCCUUCUCCGGCAAAUGGCAGAUUGGUUCCCACGCAGAAUGUCUCAAGCGAACAACUCGAGAAUCGCGCUUGUGCCAUAGCCGACUCUUUCAAAAACGUGUUUGGCAAGAUAAACAAGGACUACGUCUUCGAAAUGCUCAGGCUCUCCACCACCUAUACCAAAUGCAACUUCUACAAGUACCUCAGCAAACAGGACCAGGACGAUCUUAAAGAACAAGGGGUUUACGUGGUGAAAGAUCACGGAGACCUGAAGGCUUGCAUAUCGGAUAUAAUUGCACUUAUCGCAAACACAUCGCACGUUGACACGGAAGAACGGAUUAUGCAUCUGGUGGCUCCAUUCAACUUCGCCGAAAGCAUGUGCCUCUGGAACGCCAGAACUCUUAACAGCGUGGACUUCGUUGAAAACAUAACUCUAGGCACUGAGCUGCAGGGCAUUAUUAUUAACGACUCGCCUGGUGUAUUCAAAUUCGAUAUGAAGACCCUGGAGAGCUUCCCGCAGGUUAAGCUGUUCUACAUCCCCAUCCAAAAGGUGAAGGAAGGGCUUACUCACAUCAAAAGCGACCUGUGCCUAAACGUGGUCAAGGCAGUUGCGUGUUCAACAAAAAAGAAAGAGCCCAUAAGCAGGCUGGAAAUGGAACUCAUGUUGUAUGCACUGCAGCACUGCAUGAGGACAUCACUGCCGUCAUUCAGGCAGCACUUCGUUGCAGCUGUCAAACCGUUCAUCCAAAGGCUGUUGGCCAUUGUAACCGCGAAGCCCGAGUUGCUCCAAGAAAUAUUGUCACGUGAUUUGGACAUUGCCCGGCUUGAAAACGAUAGGUUGGUGAUUCGGACGGAUGUAAACGCAAGCGAUGGCGACAUGGAAGCACCGGAUGACGUCAAGAGAACCGUUGCUCUACACUGUGCGUACAUGAAGCUCAUGAUGAAGGUGAUGGUGGUCACUAUCAACCCCUGCACCAGCGAUUUCAAAAACACAACAGCCCUGGAACUACUUCACAUGACCUUCCAUAUGCUAGGGGAGGCAGGGGCGUCCGUUGUCAACAUGACUUCGCUGUUCUGCAUCGACCUAAUCGCACCACUGUACAUGGCUCUGUUCUACAUGUCGACACGCCAGCAGGAACUGAUAAUGAAGACUCUUUUGUUGGUGCCUUCGUCCUUGUUGCGACAGGCGCUGACACUCUGCCACGGAGAAGGCACUCUCGAAUACAUGGUUAAGAAGGCCGCAUCUUCCCUGUGGAGCGUAAAGACCGUACCUUAUAUGGCCGGUUCUAAGGCACUAACACUUCUGCUUAGAGGGAUAUCUUUCAACGAUCGUGUAAAAACGGCACUUGGCAUUGGUGACCUGUAUACAGCAGUCCACAUGGAUGAACCAGGAGAUGCGGAAACAGAACACGAAGCCAUUUUGUGCGUGCUAGAAUUUUUCUCACAGCGUCUGAAACUGGUAUGCGACCGGUUGGAUAUCCACAUCAAUGUCAAUGACGCAGAAAUGGCGUCAUGCCCCGCUGGGCUGCUUUCUCUGCUCUCACACUAUAUGACCUCCAUACCGGUUCAGGUUUACUCAAAGGUGGUGAACACCACGCGCUUCUCCAAUGUAGUCGGAGUAUUAUACGAAAACCUGAAACGAAUCGCGAGCCACAUACUCAAGUAUGUGGGUAGGGAAUACGACCAGGAUGAGAGCAACUCGAAGGAGUACAAAAUCGACUGCAGAGGACACCUGGUCACUAAAAAUCGCACAUAUGACUUCACAUGUAUUGCCGAAUAUGACAAAAACUAUUUGGACUGCACUGUAUGUUCGGGAGAAUUCAAAUGCACCGAACUCAAGCUGCCAUCGACGCCCAAGUGCUCGGUACCCGAUGACAGUAACCUCAGGCCGUUCACCGUCCUGUGUUGGAAGAGCGUCUUCGAAUUCUGCAAUGCGAUGAGGUCCAUGCUGCAGUGGAUAUUGCCGCAAACCGUGAACGGCGCCAUUGCGCUUGACGUUAUAAGGAGUGCUGAGGGUGAGGACCCCGGUACAAACAUUCCGCUGUUCUAUGACAGGAUAGACGACAUUGGACGGUACCUCAUAGAGGCGCUCAUGUCGUGCCGUCACUUCGGAUGCACUGACGCUUUCGGCGACCUCAUGACAUGGAUAUGUAAAAAGCUUGUCAUACUCGGAUUACACUGUCCGCUCAAGGAGUGGCUGACAGUGCUGCUAGAUCUCAUCAAGGGGUACACCGGCAACAACAAGCAGUAUAACGAGCUAUUUGUAAUGUUGCGCGACUCGCACAGGAGGUCUGAACCCAUAGCACGCUCAUUCACCUCGAUCCUCAAGGCCGAAAGCGACAGGCAUAAACCAAUCCUGCUUCCGCUGGUGGUGGACACACUGCUUCAACUGACGAGCACGGAACGCCCGCUAUAUGGAAACGACGAUAGCGAUUUCACUGCUGUUGACAUUCGCAUCCACUCCCUCAACAUCUUGUGUGCCCUCUUCCGAUGCAAGGAGCUUCGCUGGUCAAACAACAUACACGCCGGAAGUGCGUUAUGCGCAAGUCUCCGGAACAUGGCGCACGGAGAUUGGUCGGUGCGCAACUCCGCGUCGCUGCUGUUCUCUUCGGUGCUACAUCACCUUACGGGAAGUGACGUCAAUCUUGCAUCCACAGACGCCCUUCUAGACCAGAAACUGUCAUUGUGCAACAAUGACGAACUGUCAACGCAGCUGAACAAGAUACUGGUUUCAGUCAAGGAGAUGACCGUGUACAGCUCAGAAAGCUAUGAGGACCUCAACCCAACCCCGGAAUACUCUGCACUUUACCAAAGUUCGGCUUUCGUUUUCAACUUCCUCAGCAGGAUCCCCAUAUACUCAUUCCCGCCGGAAGUGGCAUUCAUGCUUUCCGAAAACGUUGCAGCUAUGCUUUACUCCACAAACGCCUCAAUACGUGUCAUGGCUGCUAAGAUCCUCGCCAAAAACUGUAUGGACACCUCCCAAAUGAACAUACGGACACUGCUGGUACAGAGCUGCGUGUGCAUUUUGGAGGAAACGGGUAGCGGCAACCACAUUAACGGGAGGUUGAUGCUCAUAACCGAAUGCCUUGACCUCAUGAUUGCUAACGGGUUACAUGACGUAUGGGGGACAUCGACAAAUGAAGCAAACAUCUCGAACCAACUGGCUGAAAUACAGAAGCAAAUUUCAAGUGGAUACAUAACGAACCUGAUAAGUGUUGUAAGGGAGAAGGCACCGGCUGACGGGUUACUAAUAACCUUGUAUGCUGUGCUGAUAACCGCCAACUGCUUCGAAAACGUGCUCCAGGUUCUCAUCAUACUUGAAAAGAUGUGCCUGUUGCAUGCCAAGACAACAGACUUCGAUGAAAUGGCUUUAUCUGUGGAGCCUUCAUUCACGCCGGAAUCCUCUCAGGUGCUGCAGUGCAGCGCCGUACUUGCCCUGGCUGCUUCAUACCUCAUAGGCGAAGAUGUGCACCAACAAUGCAUCAAAACCAUAAGGAUGUUGCCAAAGAACAUACCCAUGCAAAACACAAAGCUGGAAUCAUUGUUGAAAACAUUCUCCACGGUCAGGGUUGACGGCAUGACGAAGGUUAGGGCAGCUGCUUCACUCGUCAAUUCCACAUUCCUCCUCACCAAAGCAGGUUCGCCUGCAGAUGGAAGACCAGGAGAUGAUUUUGUAUCCUUCGUGCAGUUCACUGUAUACACGUUACACGCGCUGUAUGGAAUGACAUCGCAUCAACGAGCACUAGAGGCCGCGCUGGGACGUGUGGCACAUCUUCUAGAGCACCCGCAGCUGGUAUGCUGCAAACCUGAGGAUCUCACCCACUUGUGGAAGGUUGGGAUGUAUAUCCUUUCCACCAAAUCGCAUUUCUUCAUUUGUAUAUCGGCGUUGCGUCUUUUCAAUGCCAUAGGGCAACAACACCUCCGUGAGCACCAAGUCCCCAUCGGUAUAUUCGACCAGGAAUGGGCAGAAAAGUUUUUAUUGGUUGCGACAGAACGCAUGAUGUACAAUUCAGAAUACCUGGUCGAGGCGUGGAAGAGCUGUCAUCUAUACGCCUUAUUGAGGCAGGGCAGCCGACCAGUGAACACAAAUAUAGUGCAACUCGGUUCUGGGAUGCUGCUGAAGAUGGUAGACCCUGGAACCGACGUGGCCGUGAGAACUGCCGCAGCGCAAUACUUGGAUGAACACGGGAUUCCACGCGUGGAUCACAGCCAUGAUGAAUGCAGCAUAACAGGGAUGUACGGACUACACACGAUUGUCGCCCUGUUUGUGAUGCUACAAGACGAAACCGAAACUGUACGUGCCAUGGCUGUCUCUACGUGCUCCAAAACCAUACCCACCGUGGACGUACGCGAUAUGUCCUCCAUGAAGGCGCACUUAUGCAUGGAACAUCUCCUCCAGUACGCGCUGGAAACGGUGCCGGCGGAGUGGCUUGUACGCUUGUUCGACCAACUCACGAUGCUGAACAAGGACCUGUACAACCAAAUCAACUAUAAGCUCGAACUGCAGCAGCAGAAUGUUCUGAAGCAAGGCUUAUACCUAACCACUUCCGAGAUCGAUUUCGAGGCGGAAGGGAUGCGCGACAUCACGAUGCUGGCGGAAAUGGACACCGUUUUCAACGUGGAACCGCAGAACAUGUACAACGAAACAUUGUUGUACAUGGUUAACGUGGACCGACUCCUUUGCAGGCUGGUGAUGUCUUGCACAACGGGCGUCAUCCCCACGGCAACCGCCGACAAAUUGGCAACAUUGCACAAAUUCCUGGACAACAACUCCGAUCGCAUUUUGGACACUUUAACCGCCCACUUAUUAGACAAUUAUGAGAUCGACAUCAAGCAAGUACCACAUGCGGCGGCACUUGCACUGGUAGCCGAUCCACUGGUUGUGUCCUGUGGUGUUGCCGGGUUCGCAAGAUCGUGUUUGUACGUUCUGUGGCCGGCAACCAACGGUGCAAAUGGCGAUCUGAAGGUGAUGAGGAAUAGCGAUUGGGAACGAGUCAGCACCUUCAAAUACAUCCUCACGCUGGCAGGGAAGGUCUGGAAAGACCACGUUACAGAAGUCGGCAGUAUGAUUGAAAGGAUUAGAAGUUCGGGCAAAUGCGAUAAACGCGACACUGCGGCGGUGCUCGAGAAACUCGCGCAGUUCCUCAGCUUGUUCUAA